GAUGCUAUCUCAAGUCUGAGCUAGCCCUGACCCUCGACCCAACCUCUCCACGCUCUAGCAGCGCUCGUGCGCAACAGGAAACCUUGGAAGCGAACACGUGAACUCAUAAUCCCAAUGUACUGCUGUCUCGUCUCUCCUUCUUCUGACACCAGAGCUUCUCCUUGCUGCCAGACUCAGUCCCUACAGGUCCCAGCUGCGACACACCCACACACACCCACACACGCGCGCAACCACCACAUUUUUGUUGACGGCCAGACGUCGUCCUCAACCUUUGGAGUAAUAUACCCGCUUGUCUAGCGCGCCCACCCGCAGUAGCUCAACCAAGUCGGAGCUCAAGCUCCUUCGACCGUCCUUCAGCUCUUCCCCUCAAGACUGCGCCGACGUCUGCCAUUGCGCGAAUCUACUUCACGCCCGAAGCAACGCAGUCCACAUCCACCAUGGCUGGGUCAACAGCGAGAGACGUCCAGAACCACAUUCUGUUCGAGGUUGCAACCGAAGUAGCCAACAGAGUGGGUGGUAUCUACUCAGUCCUCAAGUCCAAGGCCCAGGUCACAACAGCCGAAUAUGGCGCAGCAUAUACUCUUUUGGGCCCGUGGAACAGAGCAUCGGCCGCAGUAGAGGUCGAACCAAUUGAGCCAAAGGACCCUGCUUUGAUCGCUACCAUCAAUUCCAUGGAAGAGCGCGGCAUCAAGACGCUAUACGGACGCUGGCUAAUUGACGGCGCUCCUCGUGUGCUCUUGUUCGAUACCAGCACUGGAUACGGCUGGCUUGAUGAGUGGAAGGGCGAUCUGUGGUCGACGGCCGGCAUCCCUUCCCCGCCAGGCGACUCGGAGACCAACGAAGCCAUUGUCUUUGGUUACCUCAUUGCAUGGUUCUUGGGCGAGUACGUUUUCCACGAGAAGAAGCGGGCUGUCAUUGUUCAGUUCCACGAGUGGCUGGCAGGUGUGGCAGUACCGCUCUGCAAGAAGCGCCGCAUCGAUGUGACUACCAUCUUCACCACGCACGCAACCCUCCUCGGUCGUUAUCUCUGUGCCGGCUCGGUCGACUUCUACAACAACCUGCAGUUCUUCGACUGUGACGCGGAAGCUGGGAAGCGUGGUAUUUACCACCGCUACUGUAUCGAGCGAGCCGCUACGCACGCCGCUGAUGUUUUCACCACCGUGUCUCACAUCACCGCCUACGAGAGCGAGCAUCUCUUGAAGCGAAAGCCAGACGGCGUGUUGCCCAACGGGUUGAACGUCAAGAAGUUUUCUGCCACUCACGAGUUCCAGAACUUGCAUCAGCAGGCCAAGGUGAAGAUCAACGACUUUGUACGCGGACAUUUCUACGGCCACAACGACUUCGACCCCGAGAACACGCUCUACUUCUUCACGGCCGGUCGAUACGAGUACCGGAACAAGGGUGUUGACAUGUUCAUUGAGUCGUUGGCUCGGUUGAACCACAAGAUGAAGAGCGAAAACUCCAACAUGACGGUGGUCGCCUUCAUCAUUCUGCCUGCGCAGACGACGUCUCUGUCGGUCGACUCGCUGAAAGGACAGGCCGUGAUCAAGUCGCUACACGACACUGUGAACAACAUUGCGGAGAAUGUAGCCAAGAAGCUGUUUGAACGCUCUUUGACCUGGCACGAGGGCCAUGACCUGCCGGAAGACAAGGAUCUGAUUACGCCUGCAGACAAGAUCCUGCUCCGCCGACGGUUGUUCGCUAUGAAGCGACACAACCUGCCGCCCAUUGUUACCCACAACAUGGUCAACGAUGCCGAGGAUCCUGUGCUCAACCAGCUGCGCCGCUGCCAGCUGUUCAACCAUCCUUCCGAUCGCGUCAAGGUUGUGUUCCAUCCCGAGUUCCUGAACUCCGCCAAUCCCGUCUUGCCCCUCGAUUACGAUGACUUUGUCCGCGGAACGCAUCUUGGUGUAUUCUCAUCGUACUAUGAACCAUGGGGUUAUACACCCGCCGAGUGCACUGUCAUGGGUGUUCCCAGCAUCACGACCAACUUGUCUGGUUUCGGCUGCUACAUGGAGGAACUCAUUGAGAAUGCGUCCGACUACGGCAUCUACAUUGUGGACCGGAGAAUGAAGGGAGUGGACGACUCUGUGAACCAGCUGGUGGACUACAUGUUCGACUUCACCAAGAAGAGCAAGCGCCAACGUAUCAACCAGCGUAACCGCACGGAACGCCUCAGCGAUCUCCUCGACUGGAAGCGAAUGGGCCUCGAAUACGUCAAGGCGAGGCAGCUGGCUCUUCGACGCGCCUAUCCUGCGGCAUACGAGGACGAUGACGAGCCUGACUUCUUUGGCUCGCAGGAUAUCAAGAUCUCGCGCCCUCUGUCUGAGCCUGGGUCGCCGCGCGAGCGAUCGGGCAUGAUGACGCCUGGUGACUUUGCUUCGCUGCAGGAGGGCCGCGAGGGACUGAGCACCGAGGAUUACAUUGCGUGGAAGCUUCCUGAAGAGGAAGAGCCCGAUGACUUUGAUUUCCCGCUCACUCUCAAGACAAAGAGCAAACCGAACUCAGGCGCCAACACGCCAACAUUACCAGCUGCGGUGAAUGGUACUGACUAGGCUACGCAGCGUGGCGCGAACAUGUCUGGGGCGAAGACGUGGAAGAGGAAGACGAAGUGUGAAAUUGCAUGCGUGGGCUACUCAUUUCUUAUCUGUAUUUUGGACUUGCUUUUAUAUACGCGAUACUUACUGCAUGAGUUGGCAUGACUUUGAGCAACCCCCUGCUUGGGCGGCGAGGCCUAUGUAUCUAUAAGUUGUGAAUAACAUUUCUCAUUGGACUGUUGUAUUUGUGUGUCGUUGAUAGUGCAGACGAAAGAAUUUAGAGGAUGGUGAUGGUGUCAAGACCCC